CAAAGAACUGCAAACGGGGAAAGUUUCCAUUCAACCAUACAACGUUUUAAAAUGAGUAGUGAAGUUCAAAUCGGUGAUGAACAAAAUGAGACAGAUGUUAAAACAACAGACGAAAUUGAUGGAUAUCAGCAGCUCAAUGGCUUCGAUGAGAUUCGAAGUGAAAUCGCUGUGGUGCCAUCGAUUGAAAUUACACCGUCACAACAACCGGAUGGCGAAAAUCUGAAUGAAUUUACGUAUGAAGCAACAGAAACAAGUAUUGAGGAUAAUUUAUUAGCCGAGAAUGCACGGUUGAAAGAAGCACUUGAUAAAACAAAAGAACAAUAUGGCAACAUAAAAAGUCUAUUACGACACAAUGAAGGAGUGAUUGAAGUACAGAAGAAAGAACUUUCACUGCUCGAAGCUGAAAAAUGGUCAUUGCGACGUGAAUAUGAAACAGGGAAAAAGGAAAAAGAACAGGCCGUGGUGCGGUAUGUAAUGCUUGAAAAGAACAUCAUCGAUGCAAAUGCAGCCAAAGAUUUGUCAGCACGAAAGCUACGAGAUUCACAAAAAGAAAUCGAAGCACUGAACAAUCGAUUGAAAUUUGUAUGUGGUGAACGGGAUAAAGCGCACAAAGAGAUGCGAGAAUGUAUUCGAGAAAAUGAAAAUUUAAAAUAUGAUUUGCAAACGUGCGAAACCAAACUUAAGUGGAAUCAACGAAAUUUAACGCAAGAAAAAGCAUUGAAAUUAGAAUUGGAAAAGAAACUGAACGAUGCGACAGAACAAUUGAAUCAACUGAAUGAACAACGUCAGCAACAAAUCGAUACGGAAAAAAAGAGCGAACAAGAACAAGGCGCUCAAAUGAUUAUGUUGAAACAUAUGAUUGAUGGAAAAGACCGAAAUAUAGUGCAAUUACAGAAAUGUUUAAGUGAUUUAAGAUCAGAAUUUACGACAGUUUUUGAGAAAAAUGAAAAUCUUAACAAAGAUGCCGAGCUUGAAAAGGAAAAGUCGGCAAAACUCUUGGAAAAACUCAAUGAAAUGGAAUCAUCGAUGGAGGAAAUGAAGAUCUCUAUUGAAGAUCUCCAAUCCAAACUUGAGUUGAGCGAAAAUAAUUUAACUAGUCAACGAGCAGAAAAUGAGAGUUUAAUCAAAUCAAUAAAUAAAUUAAAGUACAUCGAUGAAUGUUACAAAGAGCAAUCCGACGAAUUUAGUAUGCAAUCCGACGAGAUGGCCACAUUGCGAAAGAAAGAAGAUGAAUUUUUAAUGCUGUUAAAGGAUUUUACUGAAAAAUGCGUACUAGUGGAGAAUAAAUUGAUUUUAGCCAAUUCAAAGUCGUCGGCACUAAUGUUAGACAAUGAACGGUUAAACAAAGAGCACGCGAAAAAAGUCAAAUUAGUCAAAGACAUGGAAGAUGAACUAACCAAGGCAAAACUUAAGCAUAGUGAAGAAAUUAAAUUGUUUAAUCGCAUUUUGGCGGAUGAGAAAAAUCAUUCGGAAACAUUGCAAAAUAAAUUGGAUAAUAUAAUUGGUGAUUUAGAAGCGUCUAAAAAUAAACAUUCUCAAGUUGUAAAGGAAUUGAAUCGUGAAUUGGUAACAUUGCGCAAACGGUCAAAUGAAUCGUCACCAUCGGCCGAUAGCGGAUUUGGUACGGACGGAGAGACACGACAUACCGAACAAUCAACUUCCAGUAAUAGGAUCACACAAAACGAUAUACAAGAACCAUCAAAGAAAGCACUAAUCGAUCGAAUUGUAAAACUUCAACGUCAAUUGGCCAAACAAACGGAGAAAAUUGAAUUUUUGGAAAAUCAUUGCGUUGCAUUAUACAAUGAACUGAAGGCAAAAACAUCGUGAAAUUCAUUUGAUAUAUAUCUCAUCGCCAUAAAAUGGUUUUAAAAAUUUCAGAAGGUGGUCAACUGAUGAUGAAUCACAUCCAUUACAAAUGAGAGCCUGAAACCCAAAACAAGUUAUAAAAAUUCUUUUCGGAAAAAAAGCAUAAGAAUGUAUUUUAAAUGAAAAAUACGAUAGAAAAAAACUGAGAGUUAAAAGAGCACAUACAGAACUGAGAACUAAAACAGAAUAUAAUUUCAGUUAGCGACAAAACAAACAAGCGAUAUGUUAUAUUUUAACUCUCAGUUUUUAUUCUUCUCAUUUUUGCUCUGAAAGUAAAUAUGUUUUUAUUUGACUCCGAAAAAUAUUAUAUUUAGCUUUCGUCACAAUGCGUUGCAUUUUUUCUCUUUCAUGUAAUAUGACACGAGAUUAACUUAGUGAAUUGUUUGUCAACAUUCUCUCUUUCAAAAAUGAUUUGGAUACAACGAGGCAUCUUUUAACUUUCGCCGUUUUAAUGUGUGAUCGAAGGAACA